AUGGCCGCUGAAGCAUCAGAAGUGUUGAGAAAUGUGUCGUUUAUCGAAGAUUUCAAGUCACCAUAUCUUAAAGGAGUGAAAUUCACUUUCAGUCAGAGCGGUAAAAGAAGAAGCCUUGACCUUGUUCUACGACACAGCAGUGUUGCCGUCUUACUGUAUCAUACUGAACUGAAGAAACUUCUAUUCGUAAGGCAGUUCCGUCCAGCAGUGCUUGUUGGGCACAUACUGCGGCAACCAGAAAAUUUCAACAAGAAACUUCGGGAGAUUGAAUGGCAUACGUAUGAUGCAUCGCAUGGCUAUACAUUGGAAUUAUGCGCUGGUUUGAUCGAUAAGGACCUCCCUUUAGUCGAUAUUGCAAGGGAGGAGAUUGAGGAGGAAUGUGGUUAUGCUGUGAAAAGCGAGAAUAUGCAUCUUCGUUCACUCUCCUCUGUACACAUUGUUGCAGCUCACGAAUCUGGUGGUGUUCAAUACCUUUAUUAUGCUGAAAUUGAUGACUCUAUGAAGAUUACGGAAGGUGGAGGAAAUGUACAAGAAGAUGAAUAUAUAACAAAGGUGUUCCUAACAGAGGCAGAGGCUCGUGCAUAUCUUGAGAACGAUUAUCCUUUGAGUCCUCCACCAUUGCUUUACGCAUUGCUUUGGUGGUUCGAGAAUAAAUCUCCGAAGAAGUCAGUGUCGUCUGCGAAUAUCGUUCCAUACAAAUGGCAUCCGAAAGGAAUCGUUCCUCUGGAGGAUUUGAAAUUCGAACCUAUGGAUACAUCUAAGCGAUUUGUUCCACUAAGAAUGAAAUUUUCACUAGGCUCUUUGUCUCGAACUUGGGAUUUGGCACUGUGUGAUGAAAGCUUUGCCAUUUUAUUGUACGAUGACGACAAAAAAGAACUUGUCCUCACACAGCGAUUCCGUCCAGCGGCUUUUGUUGGUCUCGCACGACAUCGUUCUCCUGCGAAAACCAAACUCGAUUCUAUUGAUUGGUCAUCACAACCACCAGAAUGGGCUUACACUCUAGAACUGUGUAGUGGUCACCAUAGACGAGGUAUUGGCGCUGAGGAACUAGAGGAAUUGGUCAAGAAGUGUGUGGCGUUGAAAUGCGGUUAUCGGUUGGAUUCGUUAGACUUUGUGACUUCAUACAUCAUAGGAAUAAGUUUCUCGGGUGAUCGUCAAAGGGUUUAUUACGCCAAAGUGAAUGAUUCCAUGAAAAUGAAGGAUUGGGAGCCAUUCGAGGAUAUAGUACCGUGUUCCAUUCCAUGUGAAGUAAUUCCAUCAUUUCUUCGAGCGGAAACACCUACAGGACCACCAGCCGUUUUGUUCAUGAUGCAAUGGUUUCUCAACAAUGAACAACAGCGAUAA